AUGCCUAACAAGAUCCAAGAUCUCCAUACCGUCGACGACAAGUCCUUUGACUAUGUCUAUGAGCAAAAUGCCACUGUAACCUUGAGAUCAAGCGAAGGCUUGGUUCGUGUCAAUGUCUACCGACCAAAGACCUCGGAAAAGGUCCCUGUUCUGAUCACCUAUGGCCCAUACGGAAAGGACAUUCCAUAUGCCGAUUUCCACGCAAAGAGUUACUCAGAAGUCAACCCCGAGCACAAGUCAGAGCACUCGGCAUGGGAAACUCCUGACCCUGCCUUCUGGACCAAGAACGGAUACGCAGUAGUUCGCGCCGAUGAGCGUGGCUUGGGUCAAUCUCCUGGUCUGCUUGACACCAUGUCCAGAGGUACUUCGGAAGCUUUCUUCGAUGUAGUCGAGUGGGCCGCAGAGCAAGAAUGGUCCUCUGGAAAGGUUGGCCUCCUUGGUAUCAGUUACUUCGCCGGAUCUCAGUGGCGUGUGGCUGCUAGAAACCCCAAGGGUCUAUCAGCUAUCGUUCCCUGGGAGGGUAUGUCAGAUUACUACAGAGAUAGAUGCCGUCACGGUGGUAUCUUGUCCAACCAGUUCAUCAGGUUCUGGUGGAAUCGCCAAAUCAUCACCAACCAAUACGGACGACCAGGCCGCAAAGCAAGCAACUGGGGACCAGACACAAUCGAGGGUGACCUCUCGGAUGAGGAAAGAGCUGCAAACAGACAGGACCAGAACAUCGACAACCAGAACAACUACUACCGCGAUGACCCGUACUACGCUUCGAAGGAGUACGACAUGGGCGAUAUCAAGGUUCCCAUGCUCUCAGUUGCCAACUGGGGUGGUAUUCUGCUCCAUCUUCGCGGCAAUAUCGAAGGCUUCACCCAUGCUGGCUCCGAGUUCAAGUACCUUCGCUGUAUUACUGGACGGCAUGAUCUUCCAUUCUACUACAACGAAGAGGUCGAAAUCCAGCGCAGCUUCUUGGACGCCUUCCUCAAGGGCGAAGACAGAGUCGGCUGGGCUACCAAGGGCAAGGUUCCUCAGGUAGAUAUCGUCCUCCGCAAGGGCGACGUCGGCUUCAACGAUGCCAAAGCAGAGCAGGCCUACCCCAGAAGACAAGAGAACGAAUGGCCCAUCGCCAGAACACAAUACACAAACUACUACCUCACACCGGAGAAGGGGCUUGUCACAUCUACUCCCUCAGGUACCGCCAAACUCGGCUACAGAGCCUUGGGUACGCUUGAUAAGCCCGAGGUGAUGCAGUUCACCACUCCUGCUUUUGAGAAGGAGACCGAGAUUACUGGACACAUCACAGCUCGCCUCAAUGUCUCAUUAACUCCUGACACCACUGGCCCUACACCUACCGACAUCGAUGUCUUCGUCACUCUCAGACACAUCUCUCCCGAGGGCAAGGAAGUCUUCUACACGGGAACUGCCGGUGAUCCAGUACCACUCUGCAAAGGCUGGCUCCGUGUGUCGAUGCGCAAGACCAACCCUGAGCACUACAAGCACCGCUCUUACCUGCCACACAGAGACUACCUCAGCACCGACAAGCUGCCUGUCCUUCCCGGAGAGGUAUACCCCAUCGACAUCGAGGUCUGGCCCACCAAUGUCGUCGUUGACAAGGGUGGCAAGAUCAUCUUCGAGGUUUCCAGUGGUGAUACUCAGGGAUCUGGUAUCUUUGGUCACAACGACCCUGUCGACAGAUCCGAGGAGAAGCUUAAGGGUACCAACUUUGUCCACUUUAGCGACAAGUUUGUCAACUAUGUUACUCUUCCCAUCAUUCCUCCCAAGGAAGAGUAG